CAGCCUCAAAUCAGUAUUGGUUUUUGAUCCCCCCAAAGGAAUUGAAUAGCAGCAAUUAACAUUAUGGGAGCCAAGUUUUCCACUUUUGAGUUUGUUGAAAAAUCAUCACAUUCAUCAUCCCUGAUCCUCACCUUCCAUUCCACUGCUAAAUGGAAGGCUCACUUUGAUGUCUCCAAAGAAACAAACAAGCUGAUGGUUAUCGACUUCACCGCUACGUGGUGUGGACCUUGCAAAUACAUGGACCCAAUUAUCAAAAAUUUUGCUGCAAAAUACACAGACGUGGAGUUCAUUAAGAUUGAUGUGGAUGAGCUAAUGGAGGUGGCCCAGGCUUUCCAGGUGCAAGCAAUGCCAACAUUUAUACUAAUUAAAAAAGGGAAAGUAGUGGAAAAGGUGGUGGGAGCCAAAAAGGAGGAGCUGCAGAAACUGAUUGAUAAACACAGGAAUUGA